AUGAUAUCGAAUCGAUCAGCGGCUGUUUCCCGCUCAACUUUAAAAGUGGCCUCAAUUUUAAGCUGUUCAUACCAUGGCUUCCCUACAAAUCCAUCUACAAAAAUAAACAUAUCACUAAAUGAUGAUACACCUCAACAGAAUAAUAAGGAGGAUUCCAUCAAGACAGUGAAUAAAAGGAUGGUAAAGUCAUUUGUACAGUCUACAAUUUACGAUCCAUUUGAUUUUUCAAUGGCAAAACUGCAUAUGGAUCAAAAGAAUAAGACGACGUAUAAACCGAUGAAGAAUAUGAAUCCUUUGAAUCUUUAUACAUCGCCAGAAUUAUUGGUUCCGUAUAUGUCUUCUACUGGUAAGAUAUUACAUAGAGACGUGACAGGCUUGUCGGUAAAGGACCAACGUCGGGUGGCAAAAGCCAUUAGAAGAGCUCAAGCAAUUGGACUACUUUCCAAGACACACAAUCAAGUUACUAGAUAA